AUGGAACAACCCAAGGGAUUUGUGGAUGUUGAUCACCCAAUUCAUUUUUGCAAACUCAACAAGGCUAUCUAUGACUUGAAGCAAGCACCACGCGCAUGGUUUGACAAGUUUAAAAGCUUCCUCAUUGCUCAAGGGUUCAUCAUAUCAAAGUCUGAUCAUUCUCUAUUCAUCUACUUCUUUGGCUCAGGUGUAUUGCUCCUCCUUAUUUAUGUUGAUGACAUCCUCCUCAUUGGUAGUUCUGAAUUCCUUCUGUCAUCUUUCUUUAAGAAACUGAGUACAGUCUUUUCUAUGAAAGACUUGGGUGACUUACACUACUUUCUGGGUAUUGAGGUCAAGCAUGAUUCUUCAACAAACUCACUGGUUCUUACACAAUCCAAGUAUACUGUGGAAUUACUUCAACGCACUGGAAUGAUUGACUGCAAGCCUUGUAAUACCCCUGUUGCAAAUGGUCUAAGAGCACCAGUUAAUGAUGGUGAACUGCUUUCAGAUCCAACUGAGUAUCGCAACAUUGUUGGAGCUCUACAAUAUCUCACCCUCACUCGCCCUGACAUUACCUUUGGCGUAAACUACACAUUUCAAUUCAUGCAUGCUCCAAGGACCACUCAUAUGCUUCUGGUCAAAAGGAUAUUGCGUUAUCUGAAAGCCUCACUUGGAUCUGGCAUAACCUUCUCAUCUGGUAACAUCACUUCACUCACUGGUUAUUCUGAUUCCGAUUGGGCUGGCUUCCCAGACACUCGGAAAUCAAUAGCUGGCUAUUGUGUAUUCCUUGGAAACUCUCUUAUCUCGUGGCAAUCCAAGAAGCAUCCAACAGUUUUAAAAUCCAGCAUAGAAGUAGAGUAUGAAGAUCUGACUCUCCUAGCUGUUGAAGUUAUGUGGCUCUCCACACUGCUAUCUGAACUUAAUGUUCCACUAGAAACACCAUAUACACUCUACUGUGACAUGAUGGAGCGAGAGCACUUGCAGCCAAUCCAGUAUUUCAUACUCGGACUAAACACACUGAGGUGGAUUACCAUUUUGUUCGUGAUCUGCUUGAAGCUGACUUCGUGUCCUUUGCCUACGUUCCUUCAUCGAAGCAGCUAG